AUGGAAGAUUUUGAGCGCCUCCUCAGGCUUGGUUUACCCUUGGAUAGGGUGGAGUAUAUUGUCUCUGCUCGUCAGCCGGUCAAACACCUUAUGCUCCUUGGCCUGCCCAAGAAGACAAUUAGGAGUGUCUGGGUUGGUAGUGAAUCCUGUGCCUUCAAGGGUAACCUGCGUGGCCACCACCUCACACAAAAGAAGCGGCGUUUGAACUACGCAUCAAAGGACCCUGCUGCCGUGGCUCGAGAGGCGUGCGGAGAUUUGCAUCAUAAACGAUCCAAGAUAUUAUUUGGCUCCAAAUUCAUCCCUCUUCCGGGCGAGACGACGGGCAAGCAAGUCACACAAGUCUGUGAACCGCGGGAGGCUUUCCAGCCUAGAAAGUCUCGCUUUUCUCCCGAAGUUGAUAUGAACAACUCUAAAGCUGUCUCUGAAGAAGAUUUCAAACAGAUGGAAGAUUUUUACAGCCAUCUCUUACGUCUCAAGGAUGGUGAUAUGAACGUGGUUGACUUCGAUCAGUUCGACUUCGAUCAAGCUGAAUCCGAUCAGAAUGACUUCGACCAGGUUGACUUUGAUCAGGCUGACGCCGAUCAGUAUAUAAAUACCGGUAGCUCCAAUCAGGGACAGGCUAGUUCCGAAAAGGAAGUCGCCGCCUCUACCACAGAGGGUCCAGACGACUAUGACAUUGAGAUGGCCAAGGCCGAAGAGGAGGGUUUGUUCGAAGAGCAACCCGAGCCAACUCCUCAAACCCCUGGCCUGCCUGUCUUCUUGGCCGCUGUCAAUAGGGAGCCCGAGAGACAGACGAAACGAAAGCGGGAGACCGUGUCCUCUCCCGAACUACCCACGUCCGAUCUGCCUGGUGAAGCCAACCACAGCGAGAAGCGAAGGAAGCUACAGGCAGACACCGACUUUCCUCAAGUCCCAGCACCCGGGCUGCGGAAGAAGGGGAGAAAGGAACAUGGGGGCAAACUCGAACCCCACCUCCUCUUUCUCCGGAGCAGCGCUCUUGCCGCUGUAGCCCAAGCGGUCGAAGCGGCCGGAGCCGUCGAAACACCGCAGGAGGACAGCCCCGACACUCCUGAGCUGGACUCUCUUGAUCUUGAGUUACUGGGAGAAGAACCUAGUAACUCGGAGCAGACACAUCCUUCGGUCAGCAAAGAUCUCAAAACGAUCAUAGCUGAGGAGAUGUAUCCCCUGGUCAGCCACGACGACCUCCGUGUUGUGAGUGCAGCUGCGAAUCUCCUGGAUACCGACCAGGGCAAUUUCAAUGUCGCCAAGCUAGACUCAAAAGACCGAGAAGCUUUGAAAAAGGCUUUCGGCAAUCCAGGUGGGUUGCAGCCAUCGGUACACACGGAGAAGAUCCCACGCACCGUGACUUUCAGCGACCGCUGUUAUAUCAACAAGUCAUUGAUGAAGCGUCAUGGCCACACCAAGAAGUUCAAGGCCUACGACAAGGUGAUUGGGCCCUCGAAGGAAUUUCAAUCCUUCUUCGCGACACGACGUCCGCGCACAGAGCCCGGCGCUAGGCUUGGAGCGGAAUUUGUCGCCAAGAGCUUGCUGGAUGGACAGAAGUCGCCGCUCAAAAGGCUCGUACGGGACUCACAGAAGUCCAACGAUGCGCGCCGUAGGCAACAGUUUUCUCUGCCUGAGGCCAAGGUCAAGAAGGUCAAGAAGGUCUCCGCUAAAGACCGGAGAAAAAUUGCCGUGAUGAAGAAAUCGGGCCUCAACGCGAAGAAAGAGUGA